UGACACCGAAUCGACGGCUUGUGUGAAAGUAUAUGCUGCCUCGGCAGGAAGUGCGGCGGAUCAUCAGAUCGGUUUGAUACUUCUUCCACAGUGCACAGUAAGAAUUAACGUACAGCGGUGCUAAAUUUAAAAGUGCAAGAAAUAAUGUUUCGGUUUAUAUUGUUCUUAAAACUUGUCGCAGUGGCGAUAACAGUUGCUGUUGAUAAUGAGUUGCAGUCAAACUUAACUACAUAUGUGGAAGAACAAAACUUGAAUAAUACAAGUGGAAUUGACAAUGAUAAAGGCUUCUGGGAAUGGCUAUUUGGUUCAGUGGCACCAUAUCCACCAACAAUCAUAGAACCUCAGCAACCAGAAAAAUGUUUAAAAUGCACUUGUGGUUUGACAAACAAACAUAAUCGUAUUGUCGGCGGCGUCGAGACGCAGGUCAAUCAAUACCCUUGGAUGGCCCUGCUAACAUACAGAGGACAAUUUUAUUGUGGGGGUACAGUAAUAAGUUCACGACAUGUACUAACGGCCUGUCAUUGCGUUCAAGGAUUUGACCCGAAUAAACUGACUAUCCGAAUAUUAGAACACGACUGGAAUUCGAUCGGUAGCAAAAUUCAGGAAUUCCAGGUGGAAAAAAUAAUCAAGCACAGUGCUUACUCAACUGCGAAUUACAACAAUGAUAUUGCACUCCUUAAGUUAAAGGAGCCUAUCACGUUCCGAGGUUCGAUGCGACCUGCUUGUCUUCCGAAACAAGAGAAAACCUUCGCCGGCAAAAAAGGUAUAGUGACCGGAUGGGGUGCCGUCAAGGAAGGUGGUUCGGUAUCGCACACUUUACAGGAGGUUAUUGUUCCUAUUCUUAGUAACGCGGAAUGUCGCGCUACGAAAUACCCGUCACGUAGGAUAACAGAUAACAUGCUAUGUGCGGGUUUCAAGGAGGGAGGCAAAGAUUCCUGUCAAGGGGAUAGCGGUGGUCCAUUGCAUGUAGAAGAGAAUGGUGUUCAUCAGAUAGUCGGGGUUGUAUCCUGGGGCGAAGGAUGCGCGCGACCUGGAUUUCCGGGGGUUUACACUAGAGUAAACAGAUUCCUCACGUGGAUUGAACACAACACAGAGGACGACUGCUAUUGUUGAUAUGCAAUUUUUUAUAUAAACUGACCAUAAUUACUUUAGUUAAUUCACAUUUAUUCAUAUUCAUAACAACGGAAAUUAUGCAAGCUACAGAAACAAUCAGUGGUGUAUACAUUAUACAAUGAUACAUAUAUAGAUAACAAUUCCUAUACUGGAUUGUACAAGUAAGAAUUCAUUGCAUCGUGACUCGAUAAUUAUUUAAACAUAUAUUUCUUUACUUGUAUUAUAUACGUAAUACAUAUAUAAUACUUCACAGCAGCAUAUGUAUAAUAUAAUACAGUGAAUUCUAUACGCAGCAUUGUGUAUAUACACAAUAAUUAAAAAUUAAGGCACGUGCGUCGCUCUUCACUUUAGUCAAUAUUCGUAAUAUGUAUACGUAAAAGAAGAAAGUGACAAGACUUUCUCUGUUUCUCGCAAUCAAACGACUUGGAAUUUCGGUGAAAACUCAUAUACAUCUGUUUGUAACAUCAUUUACAUCGCACGAUGAACAGAUGUAAAAUGUACGCACGUUGUGUGCAUUUUAUUAUUGAUAUAUAUCAAUAAGAUACACAUUUUUAAUUAAUUUAUACAAUAUAUGUAUAAUAAUUUUUUAAUUACCAUUAUGAAACUUAGGUAAUUUUGUUUAUUGUAUAUGAAGUAUAUUAAUAAGGACUAAAGAGUCAACAACGUGAUUUUUUUACUAGACAAAACAUGCAUUUUUAUAGCAAUUACAGCAAUAUUUGUGUAUGAAUUUUAUUUAUUUUAAUAUUAAAAUAUUUUA